AUGUCAUCGUCUUCCCCAUAUCGUGAUUCUGUCAAAAAUGUCAUAAAGAUUUCAAUUGCCGGCGCAAAAUUCGUUCCUGGUCUAGAAGCCGCUGCAUUAAUCGUCCAAUCAAUUGUCAAGCAAGCAGAAACACUUCAAAAUAAUCGAGAAACUUGCAAGGAACUAGUUGAGCGAGUUCGAAUAAGCCAAGAAAUUUUAGAAAAUUAUAAACCACCAAAUGACAGUUUUCAAGAAGCUUACAAGAAGUAUAUUGAUAUCCUGAAAAAAAUAGAAAAUCAUAUCAAACAACUGGGAAAACCUGGAAAGUUUAGUCAACGAUAUAGAAUUGAACUAUUGAGAUUUAUAAAUGCUAAUAAGGAUGAACAAUUGUUUAAACAAUUUACGGAUGCAUUAACACAAGCAAUCGACGCAUUCCAUUUAGAAGUGGACGUACGAAUAUAUAAUGAAAUAUCGAAACAGUCAGAAGUACUAUCAGAACUUACAAAUAUCGUUAAAGGAGUUAACCCUCGUCCAGCAGAUGUAAGGGAAACGAGAAUUGAUCUCAAUUUAAUUACCAAUGACCCGUUAGAAGAAGAGGUCGGAGACGGAAGAAAAUCGUUAGUAAAGAAAAUGUUUCGUAGUCAACCGAUUGCUGUGAGAAGAUUGGUAGAUGAAUAUUCUAGGCUUGAUAAAAUCAAGAGAAAAAAAUUAGAAAAUGAACAGGUCAUUCGAAAAUUAUUAUCUGAUUGUAAGAAUAUCGAAAAAUUUCAUGGCAUCUAUAUUGACUCUAAUUGUUUAUAUAUGGCCACCGAAUGGGUUGAAAAUGGUAAUCUUUGUGAUUACUUGCAAAAGACGCCAAAUAUUCCUUGGAACAACAAGUGGCGAAUCGCAUCAGAAAUCGCAAAUGCAAUAAAUUUUUGCCACGGUGCAAACGUACUCCAUCAUAAUAUCAGAGCUAAAAACGUAUUAUUGGAUGAACACCUGACUGCAAAACUCUCAAAUUUUGAUACGAGUAGAUUUACAGACCAAACUACAACUACUAUUCCUGGAUUGAGAGAUGGCCUUGAGUGGAAAGCUCCAGAAAAAAUUCGAUCCGAGGUCGAAAAGAGAAAACUUGACAUGAAACCUUACGAAAAUGAGAGAGAUAAAAAAAUAAUUGACAUAAAAUAUGAGCAUCCUUUUAAUAAACAAAUGGACGUAUAUAGUUUCGGAAUGACUCUUUGGGAAAUAGCUGCAAAUGGUAAAAAGCCGUUUUCCGAAAUCCUAGAUGAUGAAGUAGAAAAUGCGAUAAUUGCAGGGACACGUCCAUCAAUCCCAGUCGACACUCCCCCAACAUUCCAAAACUUUAUAAAAGAAGCAUGGAACGAUAAAUGGGCUCACAGACCGAAAAUUGAAGUCAUUGCCGAAAACUUUUACAUAAAUUGUCGAUCGCUUGAAGAAAAUUCACAAAGAAAGAAUUGUCUUACUGUUCCGUCGACUCCGCAUUAUCAAAGACUUCUUACACCUGAACCAACAAGGAAACCAGGUAAAUGA